AUGGUCCGGAGGAAAAAUGCCGCUCCAAGGAGACUAAAUCCCGUGGAGAUGUUUGACGAACCGGAGAUAGCACAGAUGAAGGGACAUAAGAUAGAAAGAGACUAUGUGGAGGUCGAGUGCGGGUGUACCCACGGAAGGCUCGGCGAUAGUUGCGGCUUUCUCCGCGUGUACGAAAAUGGCUUGUUCCAAAUCAACUGUAACUGUAACUCAGGUUGCCAGAAAGAAAACUUGACACCAACUGAGUUCGAGAGGCAUUCUGACAAAAGUGGGAAUUGGAAAAGACACAUUUGGGUGACAAUAGGUGAGAACAAGGUCCCUCUUGAGGAGACCCCUCUGAUGAAUUACUAUGAUUUGGCUUCCAACGAAGCGAAUCAUCCAACCAGGCUCAGAUUCCACCGCGACGAGUUUGUUCGCUGCUCCAGGUGCAAGAAGGAGCGGCGGUUCCACCUCCGCAGCAAGGAGGAAUGCCGAGCUCAUCAUGAUGCCGUUGCCAGCAAGAGGUGGAAGUGUAGUGAUCAUCCCCACAAGAUAACCUGUAAGGAUGCGGAAGAGCGUGCUGCUAGCAAACGGCCCAGAGGAUGUAAACGAUCCCCAAUAUGUCAGGGUUGCCCUAAAUGCGUGUGCUUUGGCUGCCUGAAAUGCCGUUUCUUCGACUGCGGUUGCCGCACAUGCGUGGAUUUCCUGGAAAACGUCGAGCCCUGA